GAUACGAGGACUACUACAUAACUUUCGAGGCAACGGAUCCGACCAGCAGCUCGGUCUUCUCUUUUCAGACCAUGUUAGGCAAUGAUUAUAAGAAUCUUACUUGGGGUAUCGGUCUUACGUUGGCGAGCUUAGCCGCCAGAAUCAAAGCAACACAUGGUACCGAGAGUGUGGAUGAAGUUUGGGACAUGGCUGCAAUAGAUGAUUUCUACAAAGGUCCGAUGCCCAAAUGGUUUUCUGAUGAGGCCUUGGUCCGUGACGAUAAAAAGUUUUACGUGGUGCAAGAAUCAGAGCUGCAUGAGAAUGACUGGCUGCAACUGCUCAUGGAAGUCGCCUUCUACUCCAAAACAGAGAGUGGUGUAAGCGCUUGCAAACCCUUGGAGAUCAAGAAGGUUGUUGUACAAACUUUUGAAGAAUACACAACAGAGGCUCGUGAGAAGCUCAAGGCAGAUAAUGCAAUCUUCUACAUAAGUUACAAGUGUAUUGCUGAUCCUUCAACACCCUGGGCUGGUGAGCACGACGCUAUAAUAAGGAAAACCAUGGAUGGGAAACCAGGGCACAUGAGCCUUGAAGUUGCUGUCACUAAGGAACAAAUAGAAGACAGAGAGACAUGAGGAUCUUGUCUGCUAUAUAAUCUAUCAGCUGCUAUCUAUUGGAAACUUUUUAUCAUGUUAGUGUUUAUUAUCUAUGCACGGAUGUUGUGUGUCUUUGGCUUGUGUUUAUGUCUUCGACUCUUUGGACUAGAACGGAGUGGGGUCUAUGUUUAAAAU